AUGAAAGCUGUUGCAAGAGAUCAUCAUAUUAACAACUCUGAAACAAUAGUUCAUGCCGAAGCUGCUGCUGCUGACAGUGCUGUUGCUGAACACAUUUUCCCAACUUCUUCUGCACCAAAAAAUAUUCCUUUCAAUACCCUUCCCACUCUGUCCCAACUCAAAGCCAGUAUGGAUAUUGAAAUUGCCAAGAAGAAGAAGGAAGUCUGGAAAGCUAAGAAAAAAGCUCAUAGCUUUGAAAACUUAAGUGAAUUCCCUUCAAAUACUGCUACUCAUGACCCUAAAAGGAACAAACCUCACCCCAAUGAAAAUAAUCAACCUCACAACAUUUCUGAGUUGGCCAACACAAAGAGAUUCAAAGACUUGACUGAAGAUACAAAUGAGCAGAUUGGCAAUACUCCUCUCUUAAUGGCUAAUGGAUUGGGAACUAGGGAUGCUAAGAGACACCUUAAUGAUAUGCUUAAUAACUUGAACCCUGACAUCAUAUUUCUCUCUGAGAAUAAACAAUAUCAGGAUAAGCUUAAGAAAACUCUUCAUUAUAUUGGUGUCAACAACUACUGGUUUGUCAAUCCAGGAGGGGAAAGUGGCACAGCUGGUGGAUUAGCAUUGAUAUGGAAAAGCAAUAUUUCCUUAGACAUUAUGGGCUUCUCCUUAAACCAUAUCAAUGCAAUAAUCAGUCCUGCCAAUAUCCCCUCUUGGCUCUUCACAGGGUAUUAUGGAAGUCCCUAUGAUACUCAAAAAAAAUUAAACUUUUGGAAAAUGAUAGAUAAAACUGCAGCCACAAAUAAGUUACCUUGGAUGGUAAUAUGUUACUUCAAUUUUAUCCUUCAUGAUACUGAAAAAUUCAAUACUCACCCAAUUGAUGCCCCUGAAGCUUCUCUAUUCAAUAACAAAAUUCUUGACAUGGAUUUGGUUGAUAUUGGCUUUAAUGGAUGCCCAUUUACUUGGUCAAACAAAAGAAGGGUCAUGCUCUAA